AUGUCCACUCCCACGCUGAUCAACUUGCCUCCUCCCCCGUCGGAUCCCGUCACCCCGUCCGAUAUGGGACCAGGCACUCCCAAUUCGGGCACCACUUCCCUGUCCGCGCUGUCCACCACAGCCAUCAAAGACGGCCACCAGGGCCAGCCAUUCCCCCACGGCGGCCACGCACACCAGUCCUCUUCUGCAUCCACAUCCUCCACCACAACUCUAGAAGCCGAGCGCGCAGAUCGCAUCUCCCGCCUAGCCGGUCUCGAGCGGGUCGCAACUGCACGCGCAGGCGGCCAGUCCAACGCGCCGAGCUCAUAUGCGCCAGGAUACUUCGAAAGCCAAGCCCUGAAGGAGCGAAGCACAGUUGGCAGCGCCAGCGCUACGGGCAGCGUUGGCGGCCGUACAACCUGGGCGAGUGGGAGCGAUGCAUUUGACGCUGACAAAAUGAGUGAAGACCACGACCCGGAUGAUGGGACCUCGAGUGUGGGCAACGUCAGUGACGAGGGCAAUGCCAGUCUUGUUGGAUUCGGCGAGGGCGCCAACAGUACCAUCAGUGGUCCGACCUCUCGUCCUGCGGGAUUGAACCGCUUGUCCUCUGGAGGUCCUGGGGCGCGUCCGACUUCCAUAAGCAGCACUGUUAGCCGACCUAAUCCUCUGGCUUCUUACCUCCAGCAGCAGCAGUACCAUGCUGGUGAAAGCUCGAUGAUGUCGCCCUCUCCUGCGGGAUCGACUACCCCCGAGCCUAUGAACGAGGAUGCUCGCAUGAUGAAUGGUAUGACUUUUGACUCCGAUGUGGUUGAUACUACUGCCAGAACCCCGCGACUGGCUACUCCGUCUGGGCGCAGCAAUGGAUUUGGCUCCCCAGGCCGGGACUAG